GUAAGCACAGGUGACUCAGUCUCUGCGCCAAAUUGAAUCACAGUGCAGCUAGGGUGGCGCAGAGAGCAAGUUUGCAUUCAGAGGACCUACGGACACACUCUUGGAAGUUAAAGUAGCCGCACUCUAAGAAGAUCUGCAGCUCUUCCGGACAAAUACUUGACACCGAGAAGGAAAGCUCACAUCUCCGGUAAACAAUGAAACUGCAGUGGUUGCUACCUGGGACAAUAAUGAUGUCCGUCGCUUUGGUGGGGAUCAUGAAAAUGCGGAAAAUCGAGCAAGAUAAAUACGAUAAGGGGCAGAAGUUUCAGGAGAUCAGAGUCCGGGUUGCCUACGAUGUGCUGGCAGAAUAUCAGAACGAAAAGGCACAGAAGGAGAAACUGAUGAAAAACUCCAAAACUGAUCAUAAACUUGUGGAGGAAACGGUGAACACGCUGCAGACCAACGCGGAAAAAGCAAAGGAAGAUGUGGACGUCUGCCAGACAGUCACGAAAACGCUCGUAGAUGAGCUGGGAGCAGCGAAGGCAGUGUUAAAAAAUCUGAAAGCUGGACAAGAAAAGGAGAAGGCCAGCUGGAAAACAGAAGAAGAAGCUCUGAAGCAGAAACUAGCAAGUCGGAGCGCAGUGUGUGACUUUGUAAAAAAAGAUUCAGAGGGAGCAAGAAAUUUGUGUGCAAUUCAAGCGGCUGAAGGGGAUAAAAAAAAAGAACUUGAAGUUAAAGCCCCCAAACAAGAAGCAAAGGCUGAGGCCCCUAAACAAGAAGAAGCAAAGUUUGAGGCCCCUAAACAAGAAGAAGCAAAGGCUGAGGCCCCCAAACAAGAAGAAGCAAAGUAUGAGGCCCCCAAACAAGAAGAAGCAAAGGCUGAGGCCCCUAAACAAGAAGAAGCAAAGGCUGAGGCCCCCAAACAAGAAGAAGCAAAGGCUGAGGCCCCCAAACAAGAAGAAGCAAAGUUUGAGGCCCCCAAACAAGAAGAAGCAAAGGCUGAGGCCCCCAAACAAGAAGAAGCAAAGGCUGAGGCCCCUAAAUCUUGAGGGCCAAAGGAACAGGUCCCUCAAGAUGAGAUGACGUUUUGCAACCUGUGUUUUCUACGUGACAGCACAACAUCUGUCAAUGUUCACUCAGUCACUGAGUGUGUUUACAUGGACACACGUCUCCUGGUUUAGGUUUUAUUUAUUAUAUGAUGUUUAAAAAGAGCAAGGAUAAAUCUAGUUAUGCUUACCUUAGAAUGCUUGAAAAAUGCAUAUUUGGUUAUUGAUUAGUCAUCUGUAUCAGAGGUGAUUUCCACAAACACAAUUUGACACAAAGUACAAAUAACCAGCACUAUCCUGGUUUCUCAAAACUGUGAUAAAUAGGCUUCUGAAAACAGGAUGUGAUAUUUAUUUAUGGGUAAAUGCAAAAACUGGAUUCCGAAAAAAAACCCCAUUGAUUUUCUUUUCAUGUAAACCAUUUUGGUGUUAUAUGUGGUACAGACAGGUGGUUCCUGAAGGUGAACUUAUCAUUAUUAGCAAACUAACUGUUAGCUAAUAUUUAUUUUUCAUAUUUGUUUUGUUCAACAAAAUAAAAAAGAAUGAAGGUGUAUUUUGGUGUGGGCUGUAUGUUGUUAUUAUUAUUUGUGGAUGUUGAUAUAAAUUGUAAUGCAGAUGUUUUGCAGGGUCUGAAAUUAAGAGUUGAGACAUGUAGGAGAGUCAGCUUGAGAGUGAACAGUGCAAAGUCCUGCUAUGAAUUCAUGCAUAGGAAUCAAAUUUGCUUGUUUUGCUUUUAUUAUUUAAAAAGAUUCCUUUUCAGUCUUUCUAAAUAUUAUAUUACAGGUGGUAUUUGUCAGGGCAAAUCUGUAGAAGUUCACAACAGGUAUUCAAAAACACAACAGUUUGGGAAGGUGGUGACUCACUGUCAUAUAGACAUGUUAAGAUUCCAGCUUGUCCUGACAUAUG